GCUUCGUGAAUGCUCGAAGCAAAACAAACAAUACGAAUGGAAGAAAUGGAAAAAUAAUAAUUCGCAACUGAAACAAACAAGAUAGAGUGCCCACCGCACCGCCAACAAAACUGGCCCCAAACUGACAGAACCAAUGAAUGAGAGAAUUGUGCAAAAGCUUUAACGAAAAGCCAAACACAAAUGGCAAGUGCCAAGAUCUGCAAAAUCUCAGCUAACAUAAAUGAGCGAAAAUACUAAGCGAACGGUUAGAUAGCGCGGAGAUUUGAAGAAUAUUUAAUAAGAAAUUAAAAUUAUAUAAAAAUUAGUUAAGAAACCCAAAAAAGAAAAAAAAAUCAAAAACAAAAAUACAAACAAAAAAGAAAAACCAAAAAUACAAAAAAACAACAACUACAGCAAUAAAUUAACGAGCAAAGCGAAAUUCAAUAAAAAAUCAAUACCAAAAUAAAAUCAAAGAAGAUUUUAGCCAACAGAAAUAUUCAAAACAAACGAAAAAAUUAUCUCAUACCAAAAAGGCAAACAAACAAAGCGCGUGUGACAAAGACGCAUGCGUUUAUGGAUACUACAAAUGCUUCACUAGAUUUUUGUGGUAUUUUGGAGUAUUUUGCCAAAAAAUAUAAUUGAUAAAUUCAGAUUAUUUUUACUGCAAUUAAAAUUGAUUAGAAACUUAAUUGUAUCAUUUUUGUGUGAAAAGUGGCUCAACCAAAAAGAACCUGACAUAUUUUUGUUCCAAAACAUAAGUGAAGCUGAACAUAUGCACACACUUUUACAACUACUAAACAUUGCGCAUGCGUCUGGUCAUGCUAAUUUGAUGUCUACAUAUGCUCAAGACAACAUCUAAUUAGCCUAACCCACUCGAAGUAGACAAUGUCAAAGAUGCUGCAUAUAUCAGCUUUGACGAUGAUAAUCAAGAUGCUGAUGCCAUGUUUCUAAUAGUUUCCAGCAUACAAUGAAUGAAGAUAACAAUGCACACCUCCAUAGCACCUGUUGUCUAAUUUCUUCUCCCAACGUCUGCUAAGAAUUCCCACUGUGUGAUCUCAUAAGCAAAUGUAGACAACAAUCAAUUCAACUGCCGCUGCCGUCACAACUCUCGAGCAUCACCAGUACCAGCCAGUCAAACCGCCAGCCAGCCAGCCACAAUUAACAUUCAUAAGCACUUAGAUUCUGAUCCCCUUUGGUUAAAUGAUUUAUAUGCCUACUCCGUCGUACAGCACCCCUCCAUCCACAGUCCAUCCAGUGAUGAUAAAUCAGACAAUCAGCCAGUCGUCUCGUCUGAAAGUCUAGGAAAAUCUAGUUUUUGUUUUCUUUUUCUAUGAAAACUGGUCGAUUUGUUUUUCUUCACACAUUUCAAUACGAUAGAAAACGAAUUGCUUUCGCGCAGGCGCAGGCGCAUUCGCCACUCAAACAGAUUACAACCAUAGCACGUCAACCGAGUUAGCAAAACAAAAACGAAAAUCUAGUGCAAGAACUUGGCCAAUAAAAAAGAAGACGAAGAAACGACAUCAACGGCGCAUCAUACAUACCAGCUCAUCUUUGGUAUUGAGGUCCAUUACCAGAUAUUUGAAAUUCCCUUUUGUGGUCUGAAUGGAAAACGGCGAGAAAAUGUUCUCUUUUACAGCAACUGCUUCGAAUUCUUCUUUAAAGAUGCCGCAGACAGGCUGCUUAGUAGUACAAAAUCCCCCAUCUAUUUCCACUGCAUCAGUGCCAGUCCAAAGUAAUUUUAAUUUUAAAUUGGAACUACAGCAAGAGGAACAACAACAUUUCUCCGCUGCGAAUAACAGCACAGCAACAACAACAACAACGAACGAUCCCUAUGCCACAUAUACUGAUAAUUUUGAUCUAUCGCUACUACCUCAAGAUUGCUGUGCUGACACAGCUACAAACACAACAAAAGCCGAACCGCAAUCAUCAUCACAUGUACCGGCAGUAACGAAUGCUCCUCAUUCAUCGACAAAUCUCAUAGAUAGUAUACCAACGACAGUUUUCAAUUUCGACAAAACGGCGACGGAUCACACAAAUACGCAAUUGUUAACCGUGCCCGAUAUUAAGGUGGAACAGACGUGGUCUUCGUGCCCCUCACUAAAUACGAUCAAGCAGGAACAAAUCUAUCAGAGUUAUUUUCCCGCUAAUAAUCAGCAACAACAACGACAACAACAGCAACAACAACUCAUUGCUCCGCCACCCGCAUAUCCCGCGCAUAUCUAUCCAUCGCCACAAUCUAGCCCAGCUCAAUCCGAAUACGCUUUUCCCCAAACACAAUUUUCCGGUUGCUACGAAUCUUUGGGAUCUUCACACAACUCCCUGUAUGGCACAGCCUGCUCACCGUGUCCCUCAAUCAAACAAGAACAAUUGCACAUUUUGCCACCCUCCCCGCCAGAAUCCAGCUGUGAUACACCCACACCACAUUCGGCUAGCAGCAGUGCCAGCAGCAGUGUUGGUUUCGAUUUCAAAUCAGAACCUUUCGAUUCGGAUGUUGAAACGUUUCAAGAUUUGAAAAACUCCCCCUCGAACAGAACAGACACAACAGUGCCAUCCAACCGUGCACAGGUAUCGGCCCAACGGCAUUUCCAAUGUCCAACGGACCACCAAGUAUUACGUGAAUAUUUGGAGGAUACAACGUUCCAGAGGAAACACAAUCUGAAACCUUUGGCUCUGGAUUCGUUUAUUGGUGCCCUGGAAGAGGUUCGUGAUAAUUUCGAACCGGUCAUUUCAUUGGCUUUGGAACAUGCCAAACGUGAGGCCGAUGCUAUCUGCGCUAAAUUGCAAAUAUCUCAAGAUCCCUCUGAUUGGACACCACAACAAGUUCAUGCAUGGUUACGAUCCACCAUACAACAAUUCGAUUUGCCAAUUAUUGAGAAUUUGGAAAAUAAAUUCAAUGAGAGUGGAGCGGCUCUGUUGCAAUUAACCGAAGAAGAAUUCGUUCGUAGAAUACCCGAGGGUGGUGAAAAAUUACAUGCUCAAUUGGAAAUAUGGAAAUUGACGCACUCCGAUAAUUACCAUCUAAAUUCAAUCAACAGCUGCGCACACCAACAAAUGUGGACUCAAAAUUCUAUGCCUGCACUAUACAGUCAAGACAUGGAAGAAGAUACCGAAGACGAAGAUGAUUUUCUUCCAAACGACAAUCACACACCGAGUACGGGAAAUAACCUCAACGGCCAGUAUAUGAACAAUGAAGGUGCUACAACAAAUGGUGGUGGUGGUGCUGGUACCAAUCAAAUGGUACCAACCAUAAAACGUGCUGGAGCACGGAACGGAGGAUCUCACAUACAUUUAUGGCAAUUUCUAAAAGAGCUCUUAUCUGCACCGCAUAUCAACGGUACUGCCAUCCGUUGGAUUGAUCGCAGUAAGGGUAUUUUCAAAAUCGAAGAUUCUGUUAGAGUAGCUAAACUAUGGGGAAAACGUAAAAAUCGUCCAGCUAUGAACUAUGACAAAUUGUCACGUUCGAUACGUCAGUACUACAAGAAGGGCAUUAUGAAGAAGACCGAAAGAUCCCAGAGACUGGUAUAUCAGUUCUGUCAACCCUAUCAUAUGUGAAUGCGAAGGAGCAUCUGCCGAUUCUCAUAUUGGAUGUUUGAACAUUUAUUGAACAAGAAAAAAAAGGAAAUAUAUUUAUUUAUUUAUUCUAGUUUAAGAUAAUUUAUUGAAAAACUUUAUUUAUUGCAUAUUUAUUGAAAUAUUUAUUUAUUUAUUCCAUUAUUUAUUUAUUUAUUUUCCACACAAAAUAUUAUUUAUAAAAACAUCACAAUAUUUAUUUAUUUAUUACCGUAAUUUAAGUGAUGAAUGUGCGAAUAUUAGCUUUAAGUUUAUUUAUUUAUUGAAAAACUUAUUUAUUUUUGUUAACUUUAAAUAUGAAAUACAGUAAUAAUUAAGGGACGUAGAUCUAGAGACCAGGAAUGAGAUAGUUCAUUUUUAUAUCCAAAGGAUAGAGUUCAUUAUAGUGAAUUUAUUUUCAAAGCAGGAAAAGCUUUGCUUUAAGGCAAUGAAAAUUGAUAUGAGGGGAUGGCAAUCGAAUGGCAAAGUCAGCCUAAAAUCUUUAGAAAUUUCAAUGAGCUGAAGCUAACAUAAACUCAAAAAAGUAUUCAAGUCUUGUAAAAAGUGGAAUGUGGAAAUGAGCAUUUAAGACUCAACAGUGUAUAUAUAUAUUCUUGAUCAAUACAAGCUUCACUGCCUAUUAUGACAUGUUUGUACACUAGCUUCCGUACGGAAUGAAGUAAGUGGAAACAUUAAGCUGAAAUAUUUUAGGUCCUCAAGACUCUUGGAAUUAAAAAUCGGACAUAUAGGCCCGGUGGGACAUAUAGCCACCAAAUAGCAAUACUAUCCGAUUUAAGAUGUUUUUGGCAUUUGCUGUAAAUUGGCAGUUUACACUCCCAAACGACAAAAAUCAUUCUUCAAAAGAACUGACCACAUAGAUCCAAAUUGGGUUAUAGAUCCCAUAUAACAAUACCUUUCGAUGAUUUUCGGAAUUUUCUAAAAGUUGGUAUUUGGAGUUAACAAUAAUUCUCACCUUCUGCAUAUAGGCCACGCUUCCGUAUAGCCCCAAAAAAUGGAACCUCCCGAAUCAUAUCUAUAUUUUUUAAUAGAAUUGUUUAAGCUUUGGUUUUCAAGUUGGUAGUAGGUAUCAUCCACUUUAGACGAUUAUUUAUAUGGCCCCAAGUUUUUGACAGCCCUUGUAUAACGGUACCCCCCUAUUUUAGAUUAUUAUUGUCACAUUUUUCAAUUAUUUUAUAUAUUCUUUUUAUUUCGCAAUCCCAUUUUUUCUAAAAUAUCUAACAAGAAAUCGAUUAGUGUAUCUUAAAAUUCCAUUUCAAUUUGCGGAUUUGAUUUAUUUUUUAUAAGAUACAUCUAACUGGAAUACAAUCGCUUUUAUAAUUUAUUUAUCUCGGUUUGUACAUUUUUACCCCAUUUAAUGUUACUGAUGUUUUAUUUUCCAUUUAUUUGGCACAAAAACUCCUCUCGUGAGAAAAAUAAUCAGUGGCCCAUGAGAGUUGAUUAAAAGAAAUUGGCCAAUAUUACCCACCUUUGUUGGCUUCAAACUUAUUGGGAAAAGUGCUUCACGCUUUUUGUUACAUCCCACACCAGAGGGCAAGUUUUCAAAAAAUAAAGGAAAACGCAUUAAGUUCGGUCUUUGAGUUAGUCUUUUCGGCGACUUUGUAUACCACCAUUUGGAAGGAAUUUGUAAAUUUUCAAAAAAAAAAAAUCUGUUGAAAAAUACAACUAAAAUGCUAUAACUACGUAAUAUAACGAGUUACCUUCAUAUUGGGCCUAUACGAAGACAUAGACAAUUACGAUGUUCAUAUACCAAAUUUGAUACAAUUCCGGUGAAUAUUGGCGCUAAAAUGAUCAAAAUACCGAAUAUAGGGAGAUACCGGUAUAUGGGGGCUAUACAAAAACGUUUACCUAUUUAUUUUCCAAAUUUGACACAUUUCUGGGAAAAAGUGUGACACAAAUCAUAAAAAUAAGGAAUAUCUGGAGGUACAGUCAUAUAGAUACUAUACCAGGAUCUAGGCUUAUAUUGACAGUUUUUUUGCAAGGAUAUUUCUUACAUUAUUGGGCCUAUACGAAGACAUAGACAAUUACGAUGUUCAUAUACCAAAUUUGAUACAAUUCCGGUGAAUAUUGGCGCUAAACUGAUCAAAAUACCGAAUAUAGGGAGAUACCGGUAUAUGGGGGCUAUACAAAAACGUUUACCUAUUUAUUUUCCAAAUUUGACACAUUUCUGGGAAAAAGUGUGACACAAAUCAUAAAAAUAAGGAAUAUCUGGAGGUACAGUCAUUUGGGGACCAUACCAGAAUCUAGACCUAUAUUGACAGUUUUUUGCAAGGAUAUUUCUUACAUUAUAGGUACACCUGCUGCCAAUUUACAGUAAAUUCAUGUUAAAAUUGUCUACCAAAAAAACUUAAAUCUGUCGGUACAGUUAUAUGGGGAUUUUAAAUACCAAAUUUCCAGCAGGACUAACACACAUCUGAGUGACGGGAGGUAGCGUUUUAUGGGGGCUAUACGAAGACGUGGACCUGUACACACAAUUUUCUGUCAUAGGCUGUAGUAUCCACUUCGAACUUCAAAUACCAAAUUUUAAAACAUUUCCCGUGAAUAAUGUCGCUUAAAUCACCAAAAUACCGAAAAAAGGGAGGUACCAUUAUAUGGGGGCUAUACCAAAACGUGCACCUACAUCACACAUUUUUAAUACCAAAAGUUCUGCAGACAUAAUACACAUUUGAAUAAAAUUUUAUCAACCUACUUCAUUUCGUUGGAAAACUAGACUGAUUUCCACAGACAGACGAACAUCGCUAAAUCGACAUAGAAUUUUAUGCUGAUCAAGAAUAUAUAUACUUUGUGGGGUCUGAAACGUAUAUUUCGAGGUGUGACAAACUUAAUGUACCCUCCAUACUAUGGUGGAAGGUAUCAAACCCAAAAAAACCCGAAAAAUCUUUCAUAAAAUAUGCUGUACAAAAUCGUGGACCUAAAUUGAGCAUAUUCUGCAUAGAGUAUUUAAAUCACAGAAACCAAAAAAAAAACCAAAUUAAAUUAAUCACUUGAAAAUUUUAGUACAGCACCCAAAAUCGUUGUUUGGGGCUAAAUGUAGGACUUCAAUUAAAUUUUUGAAUAAAGUUGUGUUAGUAGUUUUCAUAUACAAUUUACCAACGAUUUGUAAUGCAUAUAUCCUACAGAAAAUUUUAGAAAUUAUUAUUUUUCUAUUUAUUAAAAAGUAAUAAUUUAUAUGAUUUUGCCUUGACCAAAUUCAGACAUUAAAAAUAUACGCCUCCCUUAUCUGUAAUUUGCUUAAUUCCAAUUUUUUGUUUUUAUUUAAAUUUUUGUAAAUGUUAAUUUGCCAAACAGAGAUUAAAAAAAAAUAUAUUCAUUUGAAACAAAUAGCAUUAAAUUGAUAUAAAUGUUUACCAUAAAGAUAUGUCAUUCCUGGUCAUAAAUAUGAUUAUUCAAUAACAGUCUCAGUAGCAUGUUUCGCCGUUUUUUGAUUCGUGUUUAAGCCAAAACGUAAUAGAAUCAAAUAAAAUGUGUAAAUAACCAAACAAACACACAAAUACACGAUGACAACAACAACAACAUCAACGAAAGAGAGCAGAAGAGAAAAACGUUAAACUUUAUUAACCAAAUGUUAAACUAAUUUGUUUUAAAUGAAUAAAUAUAUCCAUGAUAUAUGAUUUGUAAACAAAAACGACAACAAAAAAACGUGAAAUAAAAUACGCAUACAUAAAUAAGUUCUAUGAACCAACAAAUAUUUGCCGAACACAAAUACGUUGAAAGUGACAUUUUCUAAAAUGCUGCAAUUGUGCAAACACUUGCUAGCGUUUUUUUAUGUAAAUAGUUGACAAACAAAAACCCAGUGUUAUAAAAAUAAGAAU